AUGGGCUCAUUUUUCAAGUACUUCACAUUCUCAAUAUUCGUGGCUUUAUUUGCAAUCAUAUUACAAGCGUAUUACGAGAGCGGAAAUUUACAAGAUGUGACAUUAGUUUUGACUGAUUUAGUGAAGUUAGAAAAAUUUGAGAGAAAGGCAGUGCCUAGAAUUGUGGUUGGUUAUGGAAGCUGCAGUGACUUAAUAUUACAUGCCGUUGAGUUUCUGAAUUAUUCAGAAUCAUAUAAAGAUUUCCAGAGAAGAAACGAAAAUGACGACGAAAUUAACAAUUUAGAGGACUUUAUGAGGAGCUUCCUGUAUUAUUUCCAUAAAGGAGCUGCUGCAGAACGAUAUACGCCGAAUAAGGAAGUGUUUUUGAAUUUAGUGCAGCUAGCAAAGAAGCACAGUUCAAGUAGAUGGGAAUUAGGUGGGAAUGCACCGAUUAUGGCAACUCGAUUGCUAUUCGAAAAGACUGAAGUAUUGUUGGCAGCAACAAUGUCAGAUAAACAAAAGACACAUCUCAUAAAUGGCAUCGACAUUGUAGACUUCAAACCAACUGAAGAUUUUGUCGAUGACAUUCAUUUAAUCUUAGAAUAUAAGACAGGUGACGAAUUUGGUGAUCAUAAAGCACCACGAGCAAAUCGAUACAUUCUUCAUUCAGAUGAAAAUAAUCCAAUGUUAAAGUCACUUGAUCUAUUGGAUGUGAACUCAUUUAAGCCUGAUUUAUUCAUUGUGUCGGGCCUGCACAUGAUGGAUAGCUUUCCAUACAAAGAUCCAUCAGUAAGAAGUCAACGACUUGAGAAAGCUAAGAAACAAAUGACAACAGCUGAUAAAAAUACAUUAAUUCAUUUCGAGAUGGCCAGUUAUGUGGAACUGGAACUAAUGAAUGAUAUAACAAAAUAUGUAUUGCCUUACACUGAUUCUAUUGGCUGUAAUGAACAAGAAAUUAAUAAUUUAAUGAAUGUAUUAAAAAGUGGACGAGUUAGUAUUGUAGCUGAUUCAAAUCCUCGAGUAGCAUCAACGUUGGAUGAGAUGAGAACUGUCUUUAAAAUUCUCAAUAAGAAUUACUUCGAUAAUCGUGAGAAAGAUACAGAUUUAAGGAUGUUAUCACGUAUUCACAUCCACACAUUAGCAUUCCAAUUGAUUCUCAACGUAAAAGGCAGCAAGUGGAGGCGAAUUAAGAAUGCUGUAGCAAAAUCCUCACUCAUGGCUCAUAGUCACGUUUGCCAGACAUAUUACGUAAAUCCUGAAAAUGCAAUGCUCAUUUUUGACGGUUCUUUUGCAACCUCUGCCGAUCCCAAAGAGACUGAAGACAUUAGACCUAAGCGUAUUGAAGCAAAUAAAUCAAAUCCAGGCGCAGCAUGUUGGACAGAGACAAUUUAUGUCAGUUCCAAUCCAAUUGAUGUUAAAAUUUGCAUAGCUCCAGUUUUAGUGUGUAAGGAUGCUAAAAAGACUGUCGGUGCUGGUGAUAAUAUCUCUGCUGUAGGUGUUGCGACGCAGAUAUAA